UCUCCUCUCGUCACAUAUCCACCAGCUCUGCGUUGGACGGAGGAAUCUGCCUCAGGAGGGAAACUGAACAGCAAAGUUUCUGCGCCCUCUUUAGACUUCUGUUUCAUGGAGACUGAUGAUGAUGUGAAAGUAUGAGACAGUGACAGGAGGAAGCUGGAAGGAGUGCACAACUCACCAACAUUAACAGGUAUUAACCAGGGUUAGCGAUGGCGGCGUGGCUGGGUCGGGUAUCACUGGGGGAUGCCUGGUACAACAUGUACUCUCGCUUGCUGAGGACCAAACCUGUGGGCUCCAUGGCCCACAGCUCAGACGACCUCACCGAGCUCGCGGAGGGGUCGGCGGUCGGGCUGGCCAAAGUCCUCACCACUGUGGACCUGGUCUCCCUCGGUGUGGGAAGCUGUGUUGGCACAGGGAUGUAUGUUGUUGCGGGGCUGGUUGCUAACGCGAUGGCUGGGCCUGGGGUCAUUCUGUCCUUCAUAAUUGCAGCGGUGGCGUCCAUACUGUCAGGUGUGUGCUACGCAGAGUUCGGUGUGCGGGUCCCCAAAACGACCGGUUCGGCGUACACCUACAGUUAUGUGACUGUUGGAGAAUUUGUGGCGUUCUUCAUUGGCUGGAACCUGAUCCUGGAGUACCUGAUUGGCACAGCGGCAGGCGCUUCAGCUCUCAGCAACAUGUUCGACUCGCUGGCCAAUCACAGCAUCAGUGACUUCAUGAUAACACACCUGGGCACGGUCAGAGGCCUCGGUAAAGGCGAGGACACGUAUCUUGACGUUCUGGCUUUGUUCAUUGCCCUGGUGGUCACUGCUGUAAUCGCUCUUGGAGUGCGUAACACUGUGGGCUUCAACAAUGUCCUGAAUGUGGUCAACCUGGUGGUCUGGGUCUUCAUGAUUAUCGCCGGACUCUUCUUCAUCUCUAGCAGCAACUGGGAGGGUGGCAAGUUCCUCCCGUAUGGCUGGUCGGGGGUGAUGCAAGGUGCAGCGACCUGUUUUUACGCCUUCAUUGGCUUCGACAUCAUUGCAACGACAGGAGAGGAGGCCAAAAACCCCAACACCUCCAUCCCUUACGCCAUCACUGUCUCGCUGGUCACCUGCCUCACUGCCUAUGUGUCGGUGAGUGUGAUCCUAACUCUCAUGGUUCCCUAUAACCUGAUCGACGUCUCGGCUCCUCUCAUGGAGAUGUUUGCUGUGCAUGGCUUCAUGUGGGGGAAGUACACUGUGGCUGUGGGCUCUAUAGCUGGACUCACCGUCUCUCUGCUUGGCUCCCUGUUUCCGAUGCCCAGGGUCAUCUAUGCUAUGGCACGGGACGGACUGCUGUUCAGGUUUCUGUCUCACGUGACUGCACUCACACACACUCCCACGGUGGCGUGUGUGGUGUCGGGGAGCCUGGCGGCCGUCCUCGCUCUGCUGGUGAGCCUCAGGGACCUGAUUGAGAUGAUGUCCAUUGGCACCCUGCUGGCUUACACUCUGGUCAGCGUGUGCGUGCUGCUACUUCGCUAUCAGCCUGACGAACAGACCGACACACAUCAGUUUGAGUCUGAAGUUCAGGACAUGGACGGCCUGAAGCACGAAGAUGCCAAAGACGAUCAGAUCUUGAGCGAGAAUGACGGGUCAUCUUCUUACCACACCGGCAGGACGGAGGGGGAGGGAGAUGACUCUGAUUUUCAUACAGGCCACCCCUCACUGCUGAAAAGGCUUCUGGGAGGUCAUUACUACACCCUGCGGCUGCGUUUGGGAAUGCCUGAUGCGUCAGUUCGACCAACCCCAGCCACCGGCCGCAUAGUGACCAGAUGCACUCUCUCCCUCUUCUUCAUGUCCUUCCUCCUCUGGUCUACCAUCAUAUUUGGGGUUGAGCAGGGCACAGGUGCUGGGGCAGUGAUUUCUGGACUGAUGGCAACAAUGAUGGCAGGGUCAUUAGCGAAGCUUUUGAUUAUGAUCAUACAGCAACCAGAGAGCACCAGGAGCCUGCCCUACAUGGCACCAUGUGUCCCCUUUGUCCCUGCAGCAGCCAUAUUGGUCAACAGUUACCUCAUGCUUAAACUGUCUCCACUCACCUGGGCAAGGUUCACCAUCUGGUGCCUCAUAGGUGAGCUGAAACAAUCUUGAUAAUAGAGUGUUGUAGAUUUGAAAUGGAGCAUUAAUCAGUAAUUCAAUGACAAUCAGUUUAUUUAAAUAUCGAGUUAUAUAUUAAAAGGAGAAAACACCA